GGUGCCAGCCGGGGAAGUCCAUUGUUACGGCUGUUUUACUUCAAAAAAGAGGUGUCAGUCAGCCUUUAACAUCCUUUCAUGAACAGGCAAUACAAAUACUUUGCUCCUUUAGAGACUGUCAAUUAUUAUUUACUAGUUAUGCUACUACUAGUCCCUUUAUGAUCAUAUUAGAUUGUGAAUAUAUUACUAUCUGGCUCGACUUUAACCCUACUGCCAAUCAAUUUACUACUGCUACUCGUCCCAAAGGUGACUUGGUAGAUCAUGAGUCAUCUCAUGAGUCAGGCGUCUCACCUGACUUUGGUAGGUGUAGAUUUUGCCGGCGGCUUACCGGUUUCUCGUCCAAUUUUUAAAUGUUUCGGGCGUGUAGCCAGUAGGAUACCAAAAAAAAAGGCCACAGACAUCGGGGACACAUGACAUAUAAUCAUUACAAGUAGGAGGACAAGAACUUCUCUUUUAUCCAGCGAUUAACUAAUGUCUUCAGACUGACCGUUUUUUUGUUUUGUCUUUUUUUCUAAAUUCGGAAGCAAGCGGGUGAGGAGUGCAAGCUUUAUAAAAGUGUGGGCUUCAGC